CGUAAUUGCUGUGGGUUUUAUUUUACCUAUUUGAUUUGGAUCUAAGAUUCGGCUUCCAAGGUACUCAAGUCUACGUUCGCCGCUGGGCAGUUGCAUAGAAUAUGUUUCCUUCUCCUCAUGACAGUGUCGACAGUAAUCACUUUCUAUCGCACCUAUAUUCCUCAUGUGGUAAUUGAGUCUUGCAAGAUUUGUUGUGUAAGAAAUUUGACUGACACGGAAAUAUCGCUUUAAGAUACAGACUGCCAAUAGACUCACUACCUGAAAACUCUUUCAAUCAUAUAAAAUACUAUAUUUUAAAAAUGGAUCACAUAAAGUCAGAUAUCCCUGGUCACAGAUAAGGAUACGGAUCAACAGACAUAUAUUUCUGAAUCAAUUUUUAAAGAUGCCACGUACGAAACCAAAGGAGAGGCUCGACGUUAUCGGUAAAUUGGAGGAAAAAGUUACUACCUCGAUUGCAGAGUUCAUUGUCUCAAAAGAAUGUUGUGAGACUGACUUUCUGAAACCAGCGAAUCAGGAUAAUUUCCCGGAAACACCGGAAUCAUUCUACUUAUCUUGUGUGAGGGAAUAUGAGAUUUAUCGUGAAAUCCAAAAACAAGUACUUGCUGAAAAUAAACGUUUGGAGAUAGUUAAUAGCAAUCGUCACGAAGAGUUAUGCAGUGAUCAGCUCAUGUUGCGACAAAAGUUCGUUCAAAGUGCGUUAAAACUGAAAGAACUAAAAGAGAAGGAAGAGUCCGUAAGGUCAAUUAAGGAUCAAGAAGCCCUAGUUCAACAAAAGGCUAUAGAAAAGAGUAAAGAACAUAGAAGCAGCAUGGCAACAUUGAAGCUCUUCCGAGUGCAAUUUCAGAACACCGUUAACGAAUACGAUAUCUAUGAGGAUUUCAUGAAUGCGUUUUUAAAAGAAUAUCCUAAAUAUGGCACGGCUGAUGCUUUUAUUAAUAAGAUGGAUGCGCUUAUGUUAGCGAAUGUUGAUAUAAAAGAUAUGAAUGAAAGCCUGAUUCUGAAACUCAAUGCCAUGAAAUUGGAGUUAGUGACAAUCACUCGUGACAUUGCGAACUCAUUAAUGCAAAUGAAGAAUGAAAUGGAUUUUUUCCAGCGUGCCUUCGUUAGGGUUUGCAGUGAGGUGAAUGAAUUGGAAGAAAAUCUGACGAAAAUUAGAUUUCAAUGGAUAAAGAGGGAGAACGAAAAGCAUCGCCUGACAGAAGGGUUAUAUAAUGUCUAUCUUCUCUUAAUCAAACGUAGACGACUGCAACCCGUUUUAAGAACUACUGAAAUUGAUAAAAUGUGUAUGUAUUUGAAGAAUGAGUUUGACGUUUUAACUUACACAUUCCGGUAUAUAAUGGAAUGCUUCAGGAAGUAACUUGUUUCUAAUAAUUUAUUUUUUACGUUACUGAUAUUUUAAUGGUUUACAUUAAUCGCGGCAUAAAUAUACAAUAAAUACUUAUUUCGAGUUA